AUGCCUUACCAAUACUCCAUUGAUGUCCGCAUCCUUGUCGGUGGGGCACCGCUUUAUGAAUACAAUGAUCCUGAAUAUCCCGAUGGUUCUGCCGAUCGGGCUCUGAGUCGAUACGUCGCGGUCAAGGCCGGCCAGUGGUUCACAGUCAGGAUCGACUUGCUGCCCGGGUUCGCAUUCGGUCUGGCAACAGAGUGGUCGGUGUGCCUGUCCAUCGAUAACUUGACCCAUGUAGUUAGCAAGAUCGAGGCUGAUCACUUGAUCCACGACGGCAUCCUGCGCGAACCAUUGUCGCUGGUAUUUCCAGGCGUUGUCGAUAAAGACGAGGCCACUGGCCGGUUUCAUGCCUACCACCCUGUCUUCGGUGAAUUUGAUCACAACAACUGCGAGGAUGCCACCGUCUCGGCCGAGUGGCGUCGCUUCUGGAUUGGUUUUGCUGGAACCAUCCGCGUCGGAAUCGUUCAAACUACCGAGAUACCCGUCGAGCCGCCAGUACUGGGACUAUUUCCUAAAGUGAUCAUGGAGCUACCGGAGGGUAUGCUCAGGAAUGCCGUGAAGUAUGCACAAGGCAUCGAAGUCGAGGCUCCGCUGGCAGUUGAUCGCGCACAGACGUCAGUAGACAACUACAACUCAAGGGACCGCCAGUACGACUUCUGUUUCAAAUAUCGAAACAAGCGUGAGUACUCUCCAUAUCUGUCCUGGGCUCGACUUGGUGCUGACCGGACCGGAUCAGAAUUCUUGCAGAGCAUUGGAUGCAUUCCUCGAACCCCGUCGCCUCCCCCAGGUGCUGCCCUCCCGCCCACACAGACUUGGAUGGGUGCCGGACUCUCCAGGAGGCGCCCGAUCACGCAAGAGGUAUGA